GCCGUCCCGUCCCGUCCCGUCCCGCCCCAGCCCGGCAGCCGCCGUCCCCCCCUGGAUGUGCCGCUUCCCUCGCAGACCGAACCGCCGCCGCCGCCGGGGGAACGGGGGACGCGGAGCCGCCGGAGCCGCCGCCCCGCCUGGGUCCGCUCGGAGCCCCCCGGAGCCCCCCGGGCCCCGCCGCCGCCCCGAUGCGCCCCUGAGACCCCCCCCGGGCCCCACCGAGAGAUGUUCGACCCCGCCGGACCCCCGGCCGCCGGCUACAGCGAGCACUGCUGCCUGCGCCCCCCCCACGUGCCAGCCCCCGCCGCCCCGGGACCACCAGGCCUCGAUUUCCCCGUGUGCCACCAGCCCGGGCACCGCGGGUAUGGGCUGGCACCAGGGGCCGAACACCCCGGUGAUGGCUCCCGGUUCUCCACGCCCCGCGGCGCGGGGAAGCUGGGGAAGAAGCGGGCGCUGUCCAUCUCCCCCCUGUCCGACUCCAGCAUCGACCUGCAGACCGUGAUCCGAACCUCUCCCAACUCCCUCGUCGCCUUCAUCAACUCCCGCUGCGCCUCCGCCGGCGGCUCCUACGGGCACCUCUCCAUCAGCACCAUCAGCCCGUCCCUGGGGUACCAGAGCCCACCCGGGCAGCAGAAGGGCCAAGGUCACCUGUACACACCCCCCCCUCCCUGCAGCUCCCACGAGCCCCUGCCCACACGCCCGGGGCUACUGCACCACCCCCCUGCUCGUGGGGCCCUCAAACACUGCCAGCAGCAGCUGAAGCUGGAGUGGAGCCUGAGCAGCCCCCUGACUGCCAAAUUCCCAGAGGAGCGAUCCGAGGGUGACAUCUCCAGCCCGGCGUCCACGGGCACCCAGGACCCCCUGCUGGGGAUGCUGGAUGUCCGGGAGGAGCUGGAGAAGGAGGACGGGAAGGCCGAGUGCGAGGCCGUGUACGAGACCAACUGUUACUGGGACGGCUGUGCCAAGGAGUUCGACACGCAGGAGCAGCUGGUGCACCACAUCAACAACGAGCACAUCCACGGGGAGAAGAAGGAGUUCGUGUGCCACUGGGCAGCCUGUUCCCGGGAGCAGAGGCCCUUCAAGGCUCAGUACAUGCUGGUGGUGCACAUGCGGCGUCACACGGGCGAGAAACCUCACAAGUGCACGUUCGAGGGCUGUAACAAGGCCUAUUCCCGCCUGGAGAACCUCAAGACUCACCUGCGCUCGCACACGGGGGAGAAACCCUACGUGUGUGAGCACGAGGGCUGCAACAAGGCCUUUUCCAACGCCUCCGACCGCGCCAAGCACCAGAACCGCACCCACUCCAACGAGAAGCCGUACGUGUGCAAGAUUCCCGGCUGCACCAAGCGCUACACGGACCCCAGCUCCCUGCGGAAACACGUGAAGACCGUGCACGGCCCCGACGCCCACGUCACCAAGAAGCACCGGGGGGACGUGGGGCCGGGCCGGGCGCUGCCCACCCCCAGCGCCCCCCUGGACAUGAAGCAGGAGAAGGACACGAACGGCCCCGGCGAGGCCCGGAAGGACGACGGGAAACUCCUGGUGCCCGACCUGGCCUUGAAGCCGCAGCCCAGCCCGGGCGGGCAGUCGUCCUGCAGCAGUGACCACUCGCCCCUGGGCAGCACCACCAACAACGACAGCGGCGUGGAGAUGGCAGGGAACGCUGGUGGCAGCUACGAGGACCUGUCCACGCUGGAGGACGUGGUGCCCGGGGAGCCCAUGGGCACCUCGGGGCUCAUGGCCCUCCACAAGCUGGAGAACCUUCGCAUCGACAAACUGAAGCAGCUGAGGAAACCCGCGGCUUCCAAGGGCCUGAACCUGCCACCCAUCCCUGGAGCCGGCCUGCCCGGGGAGGUGCCCGGGCUCCCGGUGCCCCCCCCGGCCUCUCACCGGCGCAUCGCGGAGCUGUCGGCGGCGGAGCUGGGGCUGGUGGCCCUGGGCGAGCGCCGGAGCAGCGGCACCAGCACCGUCAGCUCCGCCUACACCGUGAGCCGCCGCUCGUCCCUGGUGUCCCCGUACCCGCCGUGCCCGGCCGAGGGGGCGGCGAUGCCCGGCGGGCCGUGCCCGGCCGACGGCUACGACCCGACGGCCUCUCCCGACGAGUCGCGGCGCUCCAGCGGCGCCGGCCCGUGCGGGGCCCUGCCGGGGGUGGGCAACCUCACCCCGGCCCAGCGCUACCGCCUCAAGGCCAAAUAUGCCGCGGCCACGGGCGGGCCCCCCCCGACCCCUCUGCCCGGCGUGGAGCGGGCGGCCCCGGGCGGCCCCGUGCCCGCGGGAUACCCCGGGCCCCGCUGCGUGCCCAACGGGCUGCCGCGAAGGCACAGCUCCAACGACCGCCCCGGCUACCCGGGCGCCGUGCCCCCUCGCCUGGUGCCCCGGCACGGCGUCCGGCGGGCGAGCGACCCCGCCCGGACCGUGGCCAAGCCUCCGGCCGUGCCCAGGGUGCAGCGGUUUAAGAGCGUGGGGAACGUGAGCGCGCCGGGCGCGGGCAGGACGGCGCUGCAGCCCCUGGGCGGCUCCGAGGCCAACCUGCAGCGCCACAGCUUCUCCCCCCGGCCCCCCAGCAUCACCGAGAACGUCUUCCUGGAGAGCGUGGGGGGCCCCGGCCCCGAGCCCGGCCUGCUGGAGAUGGAGCAGUACCUGAGCUAUCCCGAGGAGAGCUUCCCGUGCCCCGGCGUGGAGCUCCAGGGUGGCAUCUACGGCGCUCAGCGGACCAUGGGGGGCACGCCCGGGGACAUGGAGGAGGGGCUGCUGCAGCCCGAGUUCUCCCUCCCGCAGUGCCAGAUGAACCAGCACUUCCCCAGUUUGCCAGCUGGGAAUGGGGCCAUGCCAGUGCCUUGGGAAGGACCCGCCCCGGGCACGCUGGACAUGAGCUCCGGGCAAAGCGUCGCCGCCACCGUGUCCGGGCCACACUGUCCCCAUCAGAGCACCGAGUACCCCCACGCCAGUUCCUGUGGGCAGCACCCCAAACUGGCGAGCUCGUGCCAGGACGGCGGAUUUCCCGGGGGGCACCGCUCUUACCGACUGCAGAUCAAAUCCGAGCAGCGAUACCCGGCGCCCGCCCCAGCACUCGCUCCCUGCCCCGGCGCCAAACUGGCCGGGCCCCCGCUGCCCCCCCCGGCCUUUGGCCACGCCAUGGACGUGGGGCCGGGCGGGUACCCCCCUGCGGGACCGGCGCCGGGCGGGUACAUGGGCAUCGCCAGCCCGGGCGCCCGCAGAGCCCAGACCCCCACCCUGCAGACCAAAGAAGUGAUGGUCCGGAGCUACGUGGAGGCCCAGCAGGCGCUGAUGUGGGGGGAGCAGCCCCCCUCCAAGGGAGGGGCACCUGGCACGGGGCUGGGCGGCGAGCCCGGGCAGUGCCAGGCCGUGCCGGCACCGCCGUACGGCAGCCCCAGGUACUGCGGGUACCAACCCAAACCCGAUCACCUGCAGGGCCUGGCGGAGCCCCAGCACCUCCUGAGCCCCCCGUGCUUCAACCCCGAGAUGGUCCCACACCCCCCAGGUGGCCCGAAGCCGCCGGGUCACCCGAGCGGCCUGAGUUACAGCCUGGCACAGCCGGGGCCCGGCUACGACGGGGUGGACACCAACUCCCGGCACCUGCUGCGCUUACCCCCCGCCCGCCCCGUGCCCGAGGGGCCUGGCAACCCCCCGGGGUACUACCCGGGCCAGAGCACCCACGGGCAGGUGGGCAAAGGCGGGCACAAGCUGCUGGGCCACGUGGCAGCGAGCUGUGGGGGUCCCGGGCACUACGGCGGCAGCUCGGAGGGACUCAAAGGCACCUCCUGUUACUACCUGGACUCGGGGGAGCAGGUGGCCAACAGCCUCGACUCCCUGGACCUGGAGAACACGCACCUUGACUUCGCUGCCAUCGUGGAGGACGAGGAGCCCCCCCCGGCGCUGCCCGGCCCCCCCAGCCCGGCCGGGGGGCUCCUGCUGCCCUCGCCCGGGGGUGCCAACAUGGCAGUGGGGGACAUGAGCUCCAUGCUGAGCACACUGGCAGGGGAGAGCCACUUCCUCAACUCCCUGUCCUGAAACCAGGGGGACCUGCCCUCAGGUGGCACCUCCGUGACCUGGGGGGGGGCCCAACCCGUUGGGGCAGAGCCGUGAAUCCUCCUCACACACGGGUUUGUGCCCUGGGGGGGGACGGGGAACCCCCCUGGACCCCCCCCCUUCUCCAGGCUCUGACUGCCACCCUCGCUCAGGGGGGACAUUGCUGGGUCCCAGACACGGCCCCAACCCCCCAGGUCACCUCUGGGGUGGGGAACUGGUUUAACUGGGCCCUUCUUCCAGUGCCUGGGAGCCUGUCCCACCUGCCCCCCCCCAGCCUUAAUGCCAAAGCCAAAGAGCCCCCCACCCCCUGGGCAGGCCCCAUCCCGGUGUUCCCACUGCCCCCCACCCCAAAUCCCAGU